AUGAACUUUUUUGAUCUCGAAAAGAAAAAAAUAAUCGCCGAGGCUCAACCCGAUACCACGCGCGAGCCGCCCUCGUUCAGCCAGGUGAUGGCCGCUCGCAAGGCGAUCGACAGCUACAUCUACGAAACCCCUCUGAUUGCGAGUAUAAGCCUGAGCAAGCAGACCGGGCAUCACAAAAUCCUCUUAAAGUGCGAAAACCUCCAACGCACCGGCAGUUAUCACUAUCGCGGAUUCAUCUAUAAGGUGAUUCGCACCAAGGAAAAGGAUUUACUCGUGAAUAACUUCAUCACGUACUCCGUGGCGAACGCGGGCCCCGCGUUGGCGUGCGCGUCGGAGGAUUUCCAAAGCACCGCCCGCGUGGUAAUCCCGAAAAACACCCACCCGCCUAUCAAAAGCAGCAUUCGACAUUACGGCGGCGAGGUCUACAACUGCGCGCCGACGUUGGAAUCGCGAAACGGCAAGCUGCUCGAACUCCUCAAGCGCUUCAACCAAAGCGAGGGAAACGUACGGAAUCGCGCGGUCGUGGUGGAUCCGUACAACGAUGAUGAUAUCAUCGCCGGUUACGCCACGAUCGGGAUUGAGAUGAUGCUGCAAACGGAUUGCGAGGUGGAUUGCAUCGUCGCACCCGUGGGAGGGGGGGCGUUGAUCAACGGCAUCGCCAUCGCCGUUCGCGGGAUGAAGCCGAACGUCGCCGUCUUCGGCGCCGUUUCCGAUUUCUCCAGCGAUGAUAAUAAAUCCCUCCGUUACGGGAGCAUCGCGCCCGCGGCGGAGGGCGCCGCCUCGGAUUCUUCUACCAAAACUGGGGAGCCUUUUCUCGUCGCCGAAGGAUCCCCCGUGGAGGGGCAAAUCACUCAGCGAAAUUACGAAUACAUGAAGAAACUCGUGAAUGGGGUGCUUCGCGUAACGGAGCAGGAUAUCCGCUACGCCUUUCGCUACGUCUACGAGCGCUGCAAGCUCGUGAUUGAUCUCAAAGCGGCGACGGCGGUGGCGGCUGUGCUCGCGAAGCCACGCGAGCUGCGUCGGUUUCAAUGCGUGGCGGUGGUUUUAUCCGGCGGGAAUGUGGAUUUGAUGCGCGUCCCGAAGAUCGUGAGCUCGGCCUUGUAA